GUCUAGGGUCGCGAGAAUAUUUGAUUAAACAAAUUCGGAAGGCGGCUCUGGUUGGCCAACCGCUCUCGUCCUUUUCCUACCAGGACGUUGUGGUUCAUUGUACCCCUCUGUCCCCUGGCCCAUUGUUCCGUUUUCUUUUCUUUUCCUUCACGACAACCCACGACUGCACGAAUCUCAGCAACGCAUCCAGAGUUUUUCAGACAUUGAACUUCUCUCUUCACGCCAAAAUAUCACAAAAGGAAUGGAGCAGCAGCACGUCAUGAACGAUCCAGCGUCGUAUCCCGGCUUUUACCCACCAGAACAGGACCCUGCGUACAAUAUUUCCUAUGCGACGCCGCAGAUGAGCCCUUAUCAGGUUGUGCACAACGGCCCUCAAACGCGCCAGCAUGCUACCCAGCACGUAGCACAGGGAAUGCCCAUCGCAGAGUUGCAGCAGUCGCCAAUGCCCUCGUACCACAACAUGCCGAUUAUGUCCCAUCAAUAUCAAGGCUACCCCUCUUCCGAGGCGCCGCAUGUCCUUCCUACCUCUCCUCCUCCGCCUUCGCCUGACCUUUACGACCCUUUGUCUCCCCCCGUAUCCGGAUCAGACACCUCUGCUGACGGCAUCUACCACCACCACACCAGCAGCAACAACUCGCCCUCUUCUUCUCGAGCUAACAGUCUAGUCCACCGGUCCAACAUCCGUUACAAUCCCACUCCAUCCCCGACCAGCUCCUCCGGUCGCCGAAGUCGCGGCUCACGUUCCCAGGACUCUGACGACGAAGACAUGGGUGUCCUCUUUGCAGAGAACCUUGCCCACUCCAGGAAGGAGGCUACUAGGCGCCAACGUAUUGAGGCAGAGCAGCGGAGGCGCGAUGAGCUUCGCGAUGGCUAUGCCAAGCUCAAGGACGUACUCCCUGUUUCCAACCAGAAGAGUAGCAAGGUUUCGCUCUUGGAUCGAGCCACCCAAUAUAUCACUUCCCUCGAAAAGACCAACCAGGAUCUCCAAGCUCGGAUCACUCAGCUAGAGCAAGAGAUGCAGAGGUUGCGAUCUCUCAAUGAGAAAAUGUCGCUUGGCGACACCCCUUCUCCGGGUGUAUUCGACGCUAGGCCAUUGUCCCCCCCGCCUGACGUUCCCAUCGCUGCGCACACUCUGAACAACGUCCGAGCCCAGGACCCUUCAUCGGGAGAGUCAAGUCCGUCCGCAUCAGACGACAAUGGCUAUUGAAGCUGCGCCGGAUCUGCCUAUCCAUUCCCUAUUGUUUUACACAUCCCUGCAUCUUCUUCUCCUUCUCGUUUCAUUUCCAUUUACUCGCUCAUUGCACGGGCAUUCAUCUUUUAAAACCAUAUUUUCUUCAUCUCAGCUGCAUUUACAGGUAUCGUGUAUUAUUUCGAGAGAAAGAGACAAAAAGACUCAAAAGACUGCUUACGCAUGUCAUUUUUUGG